UUUACCUCAGACUUGUCGCCAUUUUAUACAGCCUCUACAUUUUCAACACGUUGAGUGCACGCCGCUCAACAUGAGUUCUUUGAAAUUACAGAAGAGGCUCGCAGCCUCCGUUAUGCGAUGCGGCAAAAAGAAGGUUUGGCUUGACCCUAAUGAAAUUACCGAAAUUUCAAACACUAACUCAAGACAAAACAUCAGGAAGUUGAUCAAAGAUGGUCUUAUCAUUAAGAAGCCAGUAGCUGUCCACUCCCGUGCCCGCGCACGUUUGAACAACUUGGCCCGCCGCAAGGGUAGGCAUUGUGGUUAUGGUAAGAGGAAAGGUACAGCGAAUGCCCGUAUGCCCCAGAAGGAAUUGUGGGUGCAACGUAUGAGAGUACUGAGGCGUUUGCUUAAGAAAUACCGCGUCGCCAAGAAAAUCGACAGGCACAUGUACCAUGCUUUGUACAUGAAGGCGAAGGGUAAUGUGUUCAAGAACAAGAGGGUCUUAAUGGAAUACAUUCACAAGAAGAAGGCUGAGAAGGCAAGAAGCAAGAUGUUGAAGGAUCAAGCUGACGCCAGGAGGCAGAAGGUUAAGGAAGCUAAAGAGCGUCGCGAGGAACGUAUUGCCGCCAAGAGGCAAGAAGUUCUUCUUAACUACCAACGCGAGGACGAAGCUGCUGCCGCUGCUAGGAAAAACUAAAUGUUAAAAUUUUAUAAAACAAUUUCAUAUUAAAGUAAUGUGAAUGAAAA